AUGACGCUCGAACAGCCAGCCGGUGAGAUGUGGAAGAAGAUUAGGGAGGAACUAAAUGAGAAUGUUGAAACCAGGGACAAGGACCUAGAGCAUAUCAAGGAGUGGCUGAAGAAGGAGCCACAUCUUCCCGAUGAAUUCGAUGACCAGCGAAUAAUGACCUUCCUUCGUGGUUGCAAAUUCUCUCUGGAAAAGGCCAAACGUAAGCUGGACAUGUACUUCACCAUGAGGACGGCUGUGCCCGAAUUCUUCACUAACAGGGAUGUUACCCUACCAGAGCUCCAGGAGAUAUUAAAGAUUGUUCAAAUGCCACCACUGCCGGGUUUGACUCCCGACGGUCGGCGUGUUGUGUUAAUGAGAGGUAUGGACAAGGACGCCCAAACCCCAAAUGUAGCAGAUGCCUUCAAAUUAGCUUUGAUGAUGGGAGAUGUCAGGCUGAAGGAGGAGACCGAGGGAGUCGCUGGUGACAUCUAUGUUCUUGAUGCAUCAGUAGCCACGCCCACUCAUUUUGCAAAGUUCACUCCAACAUUGGUUAAGAAGUUCUUAGUUUGUGUACAGGAAGCCUACCCAGUAAAACUUAAGCAAGUCCAUAUCAUCAACGUAUCGCCUCUUGUGGACAAAAUUGUCAACUUUGUGAAACCUUUCCUUAAAGAAAAGAUCAGAGAAAGGAUCUUCAUCCACGGUGACGUAAAUGAACUUUAUAAGCACUUUCCACAAGAGAUGAUGCCAUCAGAAUACGGUGGAAAAGCUGGACCCAUGGAUGACCUACACAAUGCUUGGGUAAAGAAAAUGGAGGAAUACAAGGCGUGGUUCGCUGAGCAGGAAGAAGUUAAGGCAAAUGAGGCUUUAAGACCAGGAAAACCGACAAACUAUGACGAACUUUUCGGCAUUGAUGGUUCGUUCCGUCAAUUGGUCAUUGAUUAA